AUGGCCCAAACAGCGGCCACCACAGCCUCCCAACAACAACCGAUCCCACCAUCGCUCGCUCUGCCCCCAUCGCAAUUCGCCCGACUCCAGCCCCAUGCUUACCUUCUCGCCCACCUUUCUCCUCCCGCGUCUAGCAACCAGCCCUCGAUUCGGGCCAAUGGCCGCUCGCCGUUACAGUUCCGGGUGACUUCGGCCAAUGCGGGAUCUUUGACACAUACGAAUGGUAGCGCGGUUGUGCGAGUUGGCGAUACAGCAGCGGUUUGCGGCGUGAGAGCGGAGAUUCUGCAUACGGAUGAUAUCGCUUCGUGGAGCGUGUCAAGGCCGGCGGCUCCGGAAAGUAAUAAGAAGCGGCGCAAGUUGGCCGAUACGAACCAGAAACCGACCCAGGAGAGCGCGGAUGUUGCAACACAGAACAACAAGGAGGAUGGCUCUGAGGACGACCAGGAAGAUGAGUCUUACAUUCAGGACUUCAACUUGCUCGUGCCCAAUUUGUCACUGAGUACCGGCUGCGCACCAGGUUUCCUCCCCGGCGCACCCCCGUCCACUCUGGCGCAGGGAUUGUCGCAUCAGAUCCUAUCUCUGCUGCACAGCUCACGCUUGGUCCGGGAAGACGACCUGCGAAUCUGGUACCAGCCGCUGGAUCUGGGGGCAGAGGAUUUAGAGCGUCGCAAUGAGAGCGAGCAGAUGGACGUUGACGCGGCUCAAAACGAUCAGCAGCACAAGAACCGCGAGAUCAAAGCCUUUUGGGUCCUGUACAUCGAUAUCAUGAUAAUUUCUCUUGCUGGUAAUCCGUUCGACGCUGCUUGGGCGGCGGUUGUGGCGGCAUUGCGCGAUACGAAGUUACCCCGGGCUUGGUGGGACGAGGAUAAUGAGAUGGUGCUGUGCUCUGAGGCUGUGUCGGAGGCUAAGAAGCUCUCCCUACGUGGUAUGCCGGUUGCGAGCUCGUUUGUGGUGUUUGAGGCUGAUGCCGCGGCUGGGUGGAGGGCGGUUGUUAUUCCGGAUGCUGAGGAGGAGGAGAUGAUUGAUGAGGCUAAGCGGAAGGGGCUACAGCGGAGGUGGAUUCUAGCGGAUCCGGAUGGGUAUGAGGAGGGGUUGAGCCAAGAGCGGGUUAGUGUUGUUGUUGAUAAGAAGGAUGGGAAAGUGGUUGUUUUGAGGAUGGAGAAGAAUGGGGGUUGGGCUGUUGGGCCUAAAGAAUUGAGACAGGUAGUUGAUGUCUCUGCACAGAGAUGGGAUGAGGUGAAGCUUAUUCUUGAGCAAUGUUGA